AACAGCUGAUAUUCGAGUGUAUGCACAGAACAAAGGCGACUUUAUCAUUUUUAUAAAAGCGGUGCAGCAAGCAGCAUUUUAUAUCAUUUUAAAAAUAAUGACGAAUAUUCGUUAACCUUGAAUCCUUUUUUUUAUUAAUAAAAGUACUGAUUUUACUUCGGCAUAAUUGGCAAUCCAUUAAUUUAUUCGGCGUAUCGAUUCGGUUGCGCUCCGUGACUGCGGUAUAGUGUUUCAAAGUGAAGGUUAGAAAAUUUUACAUAUUUGUGAUUCAGUUACCGGCUUUCUGUCAUAAAAAAUAAUAACCCGUUUAACAUCACUUCCACUUAAAAAAAAAAAAAAAAACACGUUUUUGUGUACAAUUGGAAAUAAUUAUUAAUAGUUGCGUUAUGCAGUGCGUCACGCGCGUAUAGUAAGUUUUUUUCAUGCCAAGUUUAACAUAAUCAAAAAUUGUGGCUAUCGCUGCGAAAUGACGUGCAAGAUAAACAAGAUUUUUGAAAAGUUCACUUUUGCUGUUGUCACCAAUACGGAAGCAUUUUUUUACAAAUUAGGAGUAUCGAUAGCCCAAAAACCCUUAAAAACAAUCCUACUUUGUUGGAUUCUCGUCUUCCUGAGCGCAUUCGGGUUCUUAAGGUUCAGACAGGAAAAGAACCCCUUAAAACUAUGGGUACCACCCGAUACCGCAUUCGUAAGAGACUCGGAGUGGCUCAUGAGCACUUUUCAAAGGGGAUUCUCUGACGAAGCUAUUACGAUUGUAGCUGACGAUGUACUUACGCCUAAAGUAAUUAGAAAACUCGGUGAUAUUCACACUACAAUGAUGAAAGCUAAAACAGACAGCAAUAUCACAAUGAUAGAUGUCUGUUUCAGGAUACCAAAAGUGAACAAAAAACUGCUCAAGCUAAUGUUGAGCGAUACGGAACAAGACGAAGACCCAAGCACGACAAUGAGCGCAGCGUUAUAUUGUAGUUUUAUAGAAACCAUGAAGACUGACUGUUAUACCAAAAGUAUUUUGGAACUAUGGGAUUUUAAUAUAACUCAUAUUAAUACUCUGACCAAAGACGAUAUUGUGAAUACCAUUAAUAAUUACGAUAAGAAUAUGAUUUUUGGGAAAUUAAAAAGCUACGAACAUCUACUAGGAGAUGUAGAGCGAAACGAAACGGGACAUAUCAUAAAAGCCAAAGCAAUCGAAAACUACUGGUUACUCCUUGUUAAUUUUUCAUCUGUAGAUAUGAAUAAGGCCGGAAAUAUGGCCGGAACUGGUGAAUGGGCAUCUGAAGAAGCACUGGACUGGGAAAAUACAUUUUUAAAAAUCGCUCAGAAUAUUUCAAUAGAGGACGGAGAGGUGUACUAUUUUUCUGGCAGGAGCUUUGGUGAUAUCAGCAACAAAUCAAUGUUCCAAGACAUGGACAAACUAUGUAUCGGAAUUGCCAUAAUGGUGGUUUAUGUCCAAUUCGUAAUAUCAAAGUUCAACUGGCUAGAAGCAAGGAUCGUUUUAGGUACAGUAGGUCUUUUGACAAUUGUGAUGGGUUUUACCGUAGGGGCAGGUCUUUGUGCAUUGUUUGGGAUUUUUUAUGGACCGGUCCAUAUGAGCUUACCAUUUCUCUUAAUGGGGUUAGGCGUGGAUGAUAUGCUAGUAAUAAUGACUUGCUGGGAUGAACUCUCAGUGGUGGAACAACGACUACCACUACCAGAGAGGGUUGGAUUGAUGUUGAAGCAUGCCGGAGUCUCCAUUACCAUUACAUCCUUUACUGACGUUAUUGCCUUUAUUAUUGGAUCAUCUACAAUUCUGCCAUGUUUAGAGUCGUUUUGUAUCUACGCGGCUUUUGGCGUAUUCAUGACCUUUAUCUUUGCAAUCACAUUUUUCACCGCUUGUUUUGUGCUGGACCAAAAAAGACUGGAGAGUGGCAGAAACGGGGUUUUGCCCUGGAUCGAACAUCCGAAUUAUAAACCGAAUAAAUGCAGCCAGAGCAGGAUUACCAAUAAGGUCUUCGAGUUUGUUUAUGGCAAGAUUAUUUUGACUGUACCGGGAAAGGUAGUUGUGAUCCUAUUUACACUUGCCUGUGCGGGGUUUAGCAUAGAAAGCACCCUAAGACUAGAGCAAAGAUUUGACCCCAGGUGGUUCCUACCAGAAGGAACCCACUUGGCAGAUUUCCUUAGGGCAAGAGAAGCCCAUUUCCCUCACGUGGGGUUCGAUGCGGGGAUGUACAUGGGCUCCCUAAAUUACUCCCAGGAAUUAACGAAAAUCAAAGAUGCAGUCGACAAAUUGGAAAAUAUGACCGACAUUACUAGCAAUGUUAUGUCAUGGGUCGAUCCUUUUAGAACGUUCGUUCUAGUUAAUUUCAAACAUGAUGUGUAUGAAAAGGAACUGGACGAAGCAAGGUUUAAUGUAUUUAUGUCAAAGUUCUUGCAUAGUCCGAGAUAUGCAAAGUACCAAGGGAAUUUUGUGUUCGAAAGUGACUUGGAGUGUGGAGCUCCUAUACCGAAAAUAAAGAUGUCAAGUAUAGAUUUCAAUAUAAAACGCUUCCCAGAUCCGAGACAGCACAUAGUACCGAUGCACCGAGUUAUGGAAGUAGCAGAAAAGGCAAAUUUCACCUCUGGCGACCGAUUCGCGACCGUUUGGUCCAAAUUUUUCGCUAUGUGGAUUACUGAUGAGUUAAUUGACGUCGAAGUGAUGAGAAACCUUGAACUGGCCCUUUUAUGCGUCAUGGCAUGCACUAUAUUACUUAUAGCGGAUCUCCAGACUUGUUUUUGGAUAUUUAUUUGCGUUUUGGUCACUAUGAUUAACGUUUGCGGUUUUAUGCAACGGUGGGGUCUCACCAUAGAUCUGGUGUCAUGCAUAGGUUUAGAGUUGGCUAUAGGUUUAUGCGUUGACUAUGCCACUCACAUAGGACAUACCUUUUUGACUAUUCAUGAAGGUUCUAAAAAAGAGAGGGCGUUACGAACAGUAAGCUCCAUAGGAUCGGCUGUUUUAUAUGGAGGACUAUCAACUUUUAUAGGAGUAUUUAUGAUGAGCCAAUCGGAUGCCUAUACAUUUCAGUCGUUCUUUAAGAUAUUUACCUUAGUAAUUAUAUUUGGUCUUUUCCAUGGAACGGUGUUGUUUCCAGUAAUAUUAAGUUUAAUCGGGCCUAAACCCUAUAAGGUGCAGCAUAGCGUGCCCAUCCCACAAAGAAGUCAGGAGGAAAACGGGGUGGAAAUUGUGGAAGUGACCAAAACGUCCGAGGGGUGGUUAUAAUUUAUUUUUGUUUUAUAGUGUGUGUGAUAUUUUAUUUUCCUUGCUAAAUAAAUUUUUUAUUUGCAAAUUAA